CGAUGGAAAGGCUGCUCGUGUCUCUACUGGUUGUCAGCACCGCCGUGAAGGCCAUGAUGUGCCCCAAGAGGUGCAUGUGCCAAAACCUGGCGCCGUCCUUCACCAUCCUCUGCACCAAGACCGGGCUGCUCUUCGUGCCGCCCAGCAUCGACCGCCGGACGGCCGAACUCCGCCUGAUGGACAACUUCAUCACGACGCUUAGGAGAAAGGAUUUUGCCAACAUGACUAAUUUAAUUCAUUUGACGCUCUCGAGAAAUACGAUAAGUCAGAUUAUGCCCUACGCGUUUUUUGACCUCAAAGGCCUUCACGCCUUGCACUUGGAUAGUAACAGACUGACUUAUAUCAAUGAAGACCACUUCAAAGGUUUAAUUAAUCUUCGGCACCUCAUACUCAGUAACAAUCAAUUAAACUACAUCUCUCCGGGCUCGCUGGAUGACUUUAUUGAGACAAUUGAAGACUUGGAUCUGUCCUACAACAACCUCGUGAACGUUCCUUGGGAAACCAUCGCCAAGCUUUCCAACGUCAACACGGUCAGCUUGGACCACAACCUCAUCGAGUUUGUGCCGGAGGGAAUCUUCUCGAACCUCCACAAGCUCGCCCGCUUGGACAUGACGUCCAACAAGCUGAAGAAGAUCCCGCCGGAUCCCUUGUUCUCCAGGAUCCCGGUGUACGCCAAGUCCAAGGGCUCCCCGCUGACGUCGCUGGUGCUGAGCUUCGGGGGGAACCCGCUGCACUGCAACUGCGAGCUCGUGUGGCUGCGGCGCCUCACCAGGGAGGACGACCUGGAGACGUGCGCGUCGCCGCCCGAGCUCAUGGGCAAGUACUUCUGGUCCAUCAAGGAGGAGGAGUUCGUGUGCGAGCCGCCCAUGAUCACGCACCGCACGCCCCGGCUCACGGCGACCGAGGGGCAGAGCGUCUCCCUCAAGUGCAAGGCCGUGGGCGACCCCGACCCCUACGUGCGCUGGAUCUCGCCCGACGGCAAGCUGGUCUCCAACACGUCCAGGACCGUGUCCUACGAGAACGGCACGCUGGAUAUCCUGGCCGCCUCGCUGGCGGAGAAGGGCACGUUCACCUGCAUCGCGUCCAACGCCGCGGGCGAGUCCACGGCGCCGGUCGAGCUCCUCGUCACGCCGUACCCCAACCUCGCCAACAGCACCAGCUGCGACAAGGAGGCCGAGCCCGGCCCUUCCGACAUCCUCAUCUCGGCCAAGUCGAGUUUUCCCAACGAGACCAAGGCCCAGCAGGAGACGGUGACGGUGGCCGAGGUGACCUCGUCCUCUGCUCUCAUACAGUGGCCUUCUCAGCAGCACCUGCCGGGCAUGCGAAUGUACCAGGUCCAGUACAACAGCUCCGCCGACGACAUCCUGGUGUACAGGAUGAUCCCAGCUGCUAGUAAAUCCUUCUUCUUGACUGAUCUGGUUGCAGGCCGCGAGUACGAGCUGUGCGUGCUCGCCGUGUUCGAGGACGGCGCGGCGGCCGUGCCGGCGACGCGCGUGCUGGGCUGCGUGCGCUUCACCACGCAGGAGGAGUACCGGCAGUGCCGCUCGCUGCACGCGCAGUUCCUGGGCGGCACCAUGAUCAUCAUCAUCGGCGGCAUCAUCGUGGCCUCCGUCCUCGUCUUCAUCUUCAUCCUCCUCAUGAAGUACAAAGUCUACAACAACCACCACAAGAGCAAGGCCACCAAGGUCAGCAACGUGUGCUCCCAAACCAACGGCAGCCAGAGCGGCUCCAUGGCGCGCUCCACUUCCAAGCUCGCCGAGCGCCGCGAGAGCCUGCGCCAGGAUUGCCCGGCCUCUCCCGCCAAGGGCAAAACCGGCCUCGAGGUGGAUUGCGAGAAGGGGACUCCGGCCACCACAACCCUUUUGACCACGGAGCCCUUAUCCUAAUGGCCGGGGGCGGCCCCGGCCGCGCYGACGGGGCGCUGCUUGAACCAUUUUAAUGCGAGUGGUUGUAUUUUAAGCUUCACUACUAUUGUCUAUUUUUAAGAUCAGAUGGUUUAAAAAAUAUUUUUUUAAUCUGUAAACAGUUCUGGCAUUCUUAACUAUUUUGUUUCRAUAUAUUAAAUAUAAGUGUGUGAUUUACAAGGUUUUUUUACUGGUUCUUUUAUAGCAUACACCUCUGGUGCCGAGGCAGCACUUCUGGCUCGGUUUGUCUUCAGUGAAACGCACUUUUUGUUCAUUUGUUUACCAGCUAGCAGCCAAGAUGUACUCUCAGGAUCCUCCGCUUUCUUUUCUCAUGGCAGAAUUCCUCAACAGCCUAAACGUGAACAGCCUGUUCAUCUCUCCAGGGCUGAUUUGUUAUACAGAGGUGUUAGGCCCUCACCACGGGGUUCCUUAUUGUCACCGACGCAUCGUAGCCGUGCGGCUCGCAACAGAAAUGAAAUACGUAGAGGUUCCCUAUGGGAAAAAGAAAUUGCUGCUCUCCAAAAAAUCAAGAAAAUGGGAAGUACUUCCGCAGAGCCGCCCAGAACUACACGGAAAUCGCGACUCGGCGAGUUCGUUUCCCAAAAGCUGGCGUCUCUGGAGGCUCUCGAGCGGAUUUGACCUCCGCCUGGGCGGCACCGGCCCGUCGGUCCCCCCGGAGGCGGGCGAGCUUCUCCAGCGGGCACAAACGGCUGCCCGGGCACGGAUUUGCCCCGCAGCGUCCGCUGCUCUCCUCCUUUCGGUCCGUGGGGCUGCGGGUUAGCGCGGCCACGGCCCCGCGCGCUGUCUCACUGUGACCCCACGUCGGCUUCUUUGGUUUUUACGCCGCUCUCCCCUUUCUGUGMUACUGCAUGAAGUGUUGAUGUAACUGGCCGAAAGGCGGAUUCUGUAGCUGUUUCCCCGCGAGGUGUUUUGCUGGUUCGUACGGAAUGAUUGCACCGCUCCUCUUUCUCCCAAGGGAUGCUGACAGCUUGGGGUGGCCCCAGAGUUCGGGGGCCUUGCAAGACGCUUUUAGAAAGCCCCAAAGGGACCUUGGCUAAACCAAAUAUCCCCUUCGGUGGCGGGGAUCCUGUGCGUUGUUCUGGGCGCUCCGCUUCGAAAGGAGAACAAGCAAAAGCAGGAAAACCUUCCAUCGACCGCAACGGCRAGAAGUGGAAGGAGAAAACGAAUGCCAGAAAGGCUCAGGAACCGAGGGAACUCAUUUUCAAGGCGAUUUUGUCACAAUUUAGAAGCCAACACAAAGRAAAGGUGUUUUUCUCCCACCAUUGUCCCUUUCACUGACUACAGCUGUUAUUUCUUGGUUGGAGAUGAGAGCCUGGGCCAAGAACAGUUCCGCAGUGGACAGCCGAAAGCUGUUUAUCUCUACAGCAUUUAAGUAAUA